GCCCCAUUGACCAAAAACAAAAAAGGCUCAGCCGCCUCAGCAUUAUUCACCAAUAAGUUCACAGGUCACAAGCUACGAUUGUGGAUCCAAAAAUGGAGCAAAGCAAAGGCAGGAGAGUCAUCCUCUUCCCACUGCCCUUCCAAGGGCACAUAAACCCUACGCUAGAACUGGCCAACAUUCUGCAUUCCAAAGGCUUCUCCAUAGCCAUCAUCUACACCAACUUCAACUCCCUCAAUCCUUCAACCCUAAAUCCACACUUCACCUACCAUUCAAUCCCUGUUGACUUGACAGAAAACGAAAACUCCAUCAAGGAUCCCACCCUUCAUCUUUCUAUUCUAAAUGCUAAAUGUGUUGAGCCUUUCAGAGAAUGCUUGGCCGGGUUGUUAUCCGACAUGUUAAUUCGGGAGGACCCCAUUGCAUGCUUGAUCACGGAUCCUAUCUUCGACUUCACUCGAUCGGUUGCAGAGAGCUUUAAGCUGCCGAGGAUCGUGUUAAGGACCGGGGGUGCCGCUUCCUUCGCUGUUUAUGCUGCAUUUCCACUUCUCAAGGAAAAGGGUUACCUACCAAUACCAGAUUCUCGACUAGAAGAGCCAGUGACGGAACUUUUACCUAUCAAAGUUAAAGAUCUACCAAUGAUGGCUGAUUGUGACCCUGAAGAUUUCUAUCAACUGAUAACCAACAUGGCAAAUGAACCCAAGGCUUCUCAUGGACUCAUCUUCAAUACUUUUGAAGAUCUUGAAGGACAAGAACUUGCCACACUUCGCCAAGAAUAUUACCCCAAUAUUCCAAUUUUCUCACUAGGGCCAUUUCACAAGUGUGGCCCUACAACCUCUUCUUCUUCAACUAGUUUGUUAGCACAAGACCAAAGUUGCAUUUCAUGGCUAAACACUCAAGCGCCAAAAUCUGUUGCUUAUGUUAGCUUUGGGAGCAUUGCCGAGAUAGAUCAAGUUCAAUUUUUGGAGGUUGCUUGGGGGUUGGCCAACAGUGGCCAACCUUUUUUGUGGGUGGUUCGACCUGGAUUAGUUCAAGAGUCGGAUUGGCUUGAAGCGUUGCCUGACGGGUUUCUAGAAGCGUUGAACGAGAGGGCCCAUGUCGUGAAAUGGGCUCCACAAAAAGAAGUGUUGGCCCACCCAGCAGUCGGAGUCUUUUGGACACACUGUGGUUGGAAUUCUACAUUGGAAAGCAUUUGUGAAGGCGUACCUAUGAUUUGUACGCCAUGUUUCAGUGAUCAAAUGGUGGAUGCAAGAUUUGUGAGCGAUGUUUGGAAGGUAGGGUUGCAAUUGGAGCAUGGGAUUGAGAGAGGUGAGGUUGAAAGAACAAUUAGAAGACUGAUGGUCGAGAAAGAAGGGGAAGAGAUCAAAGAGAGAGCCUUAAAGUUGAUGGAAAAGGCAAAUCUUUCCCUCAAAGAAGGUGGCUCUUCAUACCAAUCUUUAGAUGGCUUGGUUAAUCAUAUUUUAUCCUUAUAAAUCGUUUGUUUUUGAAGAUGGUAAUCCAUCAUCUUUAUCAUAUCCUUUGGAAUUUUUCCAUUUUUUUCUCUUGCCCGCUUACAAAUGGUUAAUUAUCUUUUUCUUUAUACAAGCACUAUUGAUGAAAUAAUUAUCAACCCAUUAUAAAUAGUCAA